AUGACGGAAUAUCUUAAGAUGAUUAGAAAGUACAUGACACCGCCCUCCUCACCCGAGUUUCACCCUCAACCGUCAUCAAUGUUUGGUGCCCAAAAGCAACAUCAGGACUUCCGAGAAUUCGAUCAAGAAUCACCAAGGUCCGGAUCCCCCAAUUCUGAUCGAGCCAAUGCUUUUGACAACGUCAGCCAAACGAAACUCACUGGUCGACUCUCGGUGACCAUCGUAGAAGGACGCAAGCUUAACGUUAGCAACUUUCAGUCGAGGCCUUAUUGUGUGGUAGAAUUUGAAAGGAAUCAAAUCGUUACCCGCGAAGCAAAGAGGGAGAGUGACCUUCCGAUGUCACGAGGUGGGAAGCAAAUGGAUUUCAUGGAACUUGUUCGGAUUGCCACCAACCCUGUCUGGAAGCACAAAGUUGUCUUCGACGUUGCACGUCUAGAUGGCGAAGUUCAUGUGUCCGUGUAUGAACGUGUGCACAACACAAACGAAACCUUUCUCGGCAUGUUAAAGAUUCAACCUCCGAGGAAACCCAAUCAGGUUGUCGACGCUUGGUUCAAACUGUUGCCAAGAAGCAAAGAGACUGUCACUGGUGAAGUCCGCGUGCAAAUCGCUUACGAAAAAGUCGAAGUCGAGAAAUCCCAUCUCAAACCCGCUUCGUUCGAGAUCCUCAAAUUAAUCGGAAAAGGUAACUUUGGCAAAGUUUUCCAAGUUCGCAAGAAAGACACAAAUCGUAUCUACGCCAUGAAGGUCCUCCACAAGCAAGAUUUGAUCGAUCGUCGUGAAGUUGAACACACACUGGCCGAAAAAAACAUCCUCAUCCGAGCCGAAGAGUGCCCAUUCUUGGUUGGCCUCAAGUUCUCUUUCCAAACCAAAACCCACCUUUACCUGGUCACCGACUUCAUGAACGGUGGUGAACUAUUUUGGCACUUGCAAAACGAAGUAAGGCUCAGCGAAAAGAGGGCAAAAUUCUACGCUGCCGAGAUCGUUCUCGCCUUGGAACAUCUUCACAAGUACAACAUCGUUUACAGGGACCUCAAACCUGAAAACAUCUUGCUUGAUGCGACUGGACACAUCGCCCUCUGCGACUUUGGCUUAUGCAAAGAAAAUCUUGCCACCGGACAAACCACAAACACUUUCUGCGGUACUUCCGAAUAUCUCGCACCCGAAGUCUUGGCUGAAUGCGGUUACGGUAAAUCGGUCGACUGGUGGAGUUUGGGAAUACUUUUCUACGAGAUGAUCGCUGGCUUCAGUCCAUUUUACACCAACGACACACAACUCAUGUAUCGUAGGAUUUUGUUUGGAAAACUCAAAUUCCCCAAAGGUUUCUUCAGCGAUGAAGCCAAAAGCUUGAUCAAGGGGCUCUUGGCACGAAAUCCACACCACAGAUUAGGCUCUCGCAAUGAUGCGGAGGAGAUCAAGAAUCAUCCAUUCUUUGCCAACGUCGAUUGGAACGCGUUGUACCAUAAACAAGUGUCACCUCCAUUCAAGCCCAACGUUUCUUCAGAGGAUGAUACAUCAUGCUUCGAUCCAGCAUUCACCGAAGAGGAGACCAGCAUUGACUGGCCCGCCGUUUCUAAAAACAUGAGUCGCAAUGGUACAAACGCCAGUGACAUUAAUGAUGCCUUUGGUGGAUUCACGUACUCUGGAGAGACUCAACACGGAUUAACGUCAUACUCUGGAGAGACAGCACUCGGGCUUGGCUGUGGGUUCGAGGUCGGAAAUUCGAAUAACAACAAUUCAUCCAAUGCAGGCAAUUGGAGAAGUUUGAGUUUGGAGGAUGCAUUAGGGUACUAG